AUGGAAAAUCCUCAGGAGGUAAAAGAACUCCGCAAUAAAUUGCGGAUGAUGAAAUUCCCUCAAGAUGAAAUUCUUAAUACAGUUAGAAAGCAACAGAGAGCAAUUGAUAAGCAAAAACAAGCGAAUGAUACGAUUAAAAUGCAAAUCCAAAAAUAUGAAGAGGAAAUUGAAGGAUAUGAGAAGACAAUACUAGCUUAUAAGUCAAGUGAAGAAAGGCAAAACCUUGUAGCUAAAAAGAAAAACUUAACGAAUAAAUUAGGAAUUUUACAAGCUGAUUUUAAAGCAGAAGAUGAUAAAAGACGCAGAUUGGAAGAACAAGUAUCUAAAGCACGAUCGAAAGCAGGUGGAAUGUUUGCACAAGCUAAAGAAAACGAAAACAUUCAAUUUAAAGUUCAUACAGUCGAAAAUAGACUUGAUCAAGCUCUUAAUGCAUAUAACAAACAACUUCAGAAAUUAGAAGCAUCACGAACACAGAUUGACGAAUUAUUGCAAGAAAGACGCAAUUUCGAUGAAGUUUACGGCAUAUUAGAUAAGGAGCAAACACGCAAUGCUGACAACAUUGCUUCUUUGAUUGACCAAUCUAAUAAAUCUUACACAAUACGUGAUCAAAAGAAAAUCGACUUAGUUAUUCUUCAAAAGGAAGAAAAACAAGACCAGGCAGAAGAUGAAGCCGAAUUAAAUCGCUUAAAUCAAAUGAUUGAAGGUCAAAGUCUUCUUGCAAUGCAUCCACAUACCGAACAACAACCAAUUCCUUCACUUUCAAGCCAAAGCACUAAUCAAACAGACCAACAAGAAGAAUUACAGAAAGAAAUAGAUACAAGAUCUGCAUUAGUCAACCAAAUCAUUACAGAAAACAAAUGCCAAAAGUUAGAUGAAUUAUUUAAUAAGUUAUCUGAUUUAGAAACUGAAAAUUAUUCAUUGUUUAACUUUGUUGUUCAGCGUGGUGCUGAAAAAUCCAGCAUUAUUGACGAAAUCGAUGCUUUAACCCAAAGAUCCGGAGAACUUGACGCGAAUGUCGAAUUAACAGAUGAACAACAAAAUGCAAAGCUCAAAGUAUUGGCAGAGAACAUGGAAAAAACGGAAAAACAAAUUGCAGAACUCAGUGAUGUUAAAGAUUCAAACGAUAAAAGCAUCAAAAGUGUUUAUGAUGGCCUUGAAGAUCUUUAUAAAGAGCUUGACUUGCCAUGGGAUAACUCUCCUGAUGAAAAGAAGCAUGUAACACCUCUUAAUGCUAUGUUUUGCUUAACACAGAUAGAAAAUAAGCUUGCAGAAUUCAUGGAUGAGGUUCUUUCUAAGACUGCAUCUAUAUCUGUCGACUCACGAGAGUUUUCAUCUGGUGGAGACAAGAGAAUUACUUCUCAAAGAAGUAUUCUUAUUCCAAACGCAUCUAAGGUAUUUGACGUUGGUGCAGAUGCAAGAAAUGGCUCUGAAAAGGAUCUUCUCUCUGGUGUCUCUAAGCCACUGUCUGUUGAAGAAAUGAGAGCCAAGGUUGGAUUGAAAUUGAAUUAA